ACUACAGCAGCUUGCUUCUGGGGCUCUCUCGCGUCGCCCUUGCGUUGCACUGAUGCUCGGGCCUGGCGCACACCUCCAAUCUGUAGUCCUAAAUCUCAGCCCAUCUUUUAUUAUCAGUCCAUCCUGGCCAAUGGCCCCUGUUCCGCCGAUAUCUUUUUGACCUUUUUUUCCUCUUUUAUCCAAUCAAUAUCUUUUGAUACAAGGGUGUAAGAUUUUUUCCUUUUUUUAAUAAAUAUUAUGAAAAUGAAAAGAGUCUUAGUGGGAGUUUUUUGUUAAAUAAGUGAGGUAUGGUAGUUGGGUUUAAGGUUGAUGGAUUUAGUAGAAUUGUAUUUAAUAUUUUAUCGAUCAUUAUACAUUAAUAUUUUCAAGCCAAAAGCAAGUUGUAUGGAUGUGGGAACUCAACUGGUAGAACGCAAUAAUUGUGGUAGUGGAUCACAACAUUAAUGAAAUACCAAACAAUUUCGAAUUAGUUCACCACUCGCAAUUUGCAACUCGUGUGGCAACACAGCAAAGGCCGCCAUUCUUGCCCAUUAGCUCCAAUCCUCGUCGUCUUCCACCUCAAAAUUCUCUGUGUUACACUUUAAGAUGUCUAUUUCAUCCAAAUCCAUCUUCUUCUUCUUCUUCUUCCACUUCUGCAUCAUCUACCCCAAAUCGUCCUCUGGUCUCCAGUUUCCGUGUAGUCCACCGCACCACAAUUCUUAUCCCUUCUGCAACGCAUCCCUCUCCACCACAGCCAGAGCUCAAUCCAUUGUCUCAUUGCUCACUCUCCAAGAAAAGAUCCUACAGCUCGCAAAUAACGCCUCCAGCAUUCCCCGCCUCGGUAUUCCUUCCUACCAGUGGUGGUCGGAGGCCCUCCAUGGCAUAGCCACCAACGGCCCCGGCGUCUCUUUCACCGGCCCCGUAACUUCCGCCACCAGCUUCCCACAAGUCCUCGUCACCGCCGCUUCCUUCAAUCGGACUCUCUGGUUCUUGAUUGGGUCCGCAAUCGCAGUCGAGGCUAGAGCAAUGUUCAAUCUGGGGCAAUCUGGGCUGACGUUUUGGGCGCCUAGCAUCAACAUUUUUAGGGAUCCCAGAUGGGGAAGGGGCCAGGAGACUCCCGGUGAAGACCCCAUGGUCGCUUCGGCUUAUUCAAUUGAGUUCGUGAGAGGUCUUCAGAGCGGGAAUUGGGGGAGAGGCGAUGAGAUUGGGAUGGAAAGUUUAAUGGUUUCCGCUUGUUGCAAGCAUUUUACUGCCUACGACUUGGAGAAAUGGAGGAAUUUCAGUAGGUAUACCUUCGAUUCUGUGGUAACAGAACAAGACCUCGGGGAUACAUAUCAGCCACCAUUCCGAAGUUGUAUUCAACAAGGAAAGGCUAGCUGCUUGAUGUGUUCUUACAAUGCCAUAAAUGGGGUGCCUGCUUGUGCAAAGCCCGAUCUCCUGCAGAAAGCCCGAAAUGAUUGGGGCUUCAACGGGUACAUCACCUCGGACUGUGAUGCAGUAGCUACAAUUUAUGAAUAUCAGAAGUACACCCACACCCCUGAGGAUUCUGUAGCAGAUGUUCUCGAAGCAGGAAUGGAUAUUAAUUGUGGUUCAUUCAUGCUUCGGACUACUAAAUCCGCCAUUGAUCAAGGGAAGGUGAAAGAAGAAGAGUUAGAUAGAGCUCUCCUCAAUCUUUUCUCGGUUCAAAUCCGUCUUGGACUCUUCGACGGGCAUCCCAGAGAGGGGAAGUAUGGAGAGCUGGGAGCACAAAGUGUUUGCACUUCGCAACACAAAACUCUGGCUCUCGAAGCUGCAAGGCAAGGAAUUGUGCUCUUAAAGAAUGAAAAUAGAUUUCUACCGUUGAAUAAGCAGGCUGUUUCUUCAUUAUCUGUUAUUGGAUCUUUGGCAAACGAUGCAAGCAAAUUGCUUGGAGCCUAUGCAGGAGUUCCCUGCAGCUCAGUGAGUCUUCUUGAGGGAUUUCAAGAAUAUGUAGAAACAAUUUUCUUCUCGUCUGGUUGCCUUAAUGUGAUGUGCGCAUCAGAUAGUGGAUUCGACGAAGCAGUUCUUAUUGCCAAGAAAGCUGAUUUUGUUAUUGUAGUGGCUGGGCUCGAUUUAUCUCAAGAAACUGAAGAUCUAGACCGAGUUAGUCUUUUACUACCUGGUAAACAAAUGGACCUUGUAUCUUCCAUGGCAUCAGUAAGUAAGAAACCGAUCGUUCUCGUGCUCGUCGGUGGUGGACCGCUUGAUAUAUCCUUUGUAAAAAAGGACCCAAGAGUUGCAAGUAUUCUUUGGAUCGGGUACCCAGGCGAAGGUGGUGGAAAAGCUUUAGCUGAAGUCAUCUUUGGAGACUUCAACCCAGGUGGACGGUUGCCCGUGACGUGGUAUCCAGAAUCAUUCACCAAUGUUCCUAUGAACGAUAUGCACAUGAGAUCAAACCCGUCACGCGGUUACCCUGGAAGAACAUACCGAUUUUACACAGGAGACCGGGUCUACGGAUUCAGUCAAGGCUUGAGCUACACAAGUUUCAAGUACAGUUUGUUAUCAGCACCACAGAAGGUGAGUCUUUUGGGAAACUUGGAGGCAGUUUCUAGCAGAAGAAUCAUGAUACCUCAAGUAGGAAAUGGAGUGGAAGUGAAUUAUAUGGAAGUCGAGGAUGUAGAAUCCUGUGAUUUGCUCAGAUUCUACGUUAAGUUAUCAGUGGCCAACACUGGUGAGUAUGAUGGGAGCCACGUGGUGAUGCUGUUCUCUGAGUUUCCAAAAGUCUUGAGAGGCAGUCCUCAGCGACAGCUGAUUGGCUUUGAUCGGCUGCAUGUAAAGAGACAGCAAUCAGCUGAAAGCAGCAUCUUGGUGGAUCCUUGUAACCAUUUAAGUAUGGCAGAUGAAUAUGGAAAAAGGGUGAUACCUUUAGGAGAUCAUAUAAUAAGCUUGGGAGAUUUGGAGCAUGUUAUUUCAAUUCAGGUCUUGUAAGUGUGUAUAAAUGUGAAAUUAAACCUGGAUUGCCACUGUUAUAAGUAUAUGCUACCUCAAUUAAAGUAUAUGGCCUGUUAUUUUAAUUCAA